AUGGAAUCCGUAUAUAAACUUGGUGAGCGUGGUUUAUCAGUCCCGAUGAAACUUCAUCAGGAAAAUCGCUCCAAACUUUGUCAACGUCUUCGCGAUCUGUGGUCAUCUGGAAAAGCUCCAACUAAGAUUCUUGAUGGAGUUUACGUUCUUCUUCAAGGUGGAACACCUGUUAUGCACGGAGGUUCGGAUGUUGAAACUGUCUUUCGUCAAGAAUCCUAUUUCCAUUGGGCAUUCGGGGGUUUGGAACCAGACUGGUAUGGCGCAAUCGAAGUUGCUACUGAGUGUGCUGUCCUCUUUGUUCCAGAGAUUCCUGAAAAUGCCGCCGUCUAUAUGGGUGAACCCCUUACUUUAAUUGAUAUCAAGAGCCGGUAUGCUGUUGAUGCUGUUCACCAUACACACAAUAUCUUUAAAUUCUUCUCUGAGAAGAAUCCGAGUUUGCUGCUAACGUUGAAUGGCAUGAAUACGGACAGUGGGUUAAUGACAACGGAAGCGUCUUUUCAGGGAAUCGAUAAAUUCAAAGUGGACAAUAGUGUUCUCCACCACGAAAUAUCUGAAUGCCGCCUCAUAAAAAGUCCACUUGAGUUAGAGGUGAUUCGUUAUGCCGUGUCAAUGAGUUCAGCAGCUCAUCGCCAUUUGAUGCGCAAGGUGCGACCCGGAAUGUUCCAAUUUCAAGCGGAGAGUAUCUUCCAGCACUAUUGCUACUUCUACGCGGGAAUGCGACAUGUUGCCUAUACCUGCAUUGCAGCAACAGGCUGUGACUGCGCAAUCCUCCACUACGGUCACGCUGGAGCUCCAAACGACCAUAAAAUCAGAGAUGGUGACAUGUGCCUUUUUGACAUGGGUGGGGAGUAUUACUGCUACUGCUCUGAUAUUACAUGUUCUUUCCCUGUGAACGGGAAAUUCACAGCUGAUCAGCGACUCGUCUAUGAGGCCGUUUUAUGCGCGGUAAAGGCGGUCACAAGCAGACUUCGGCCCGGAUUGAGUUGGGUAGAGAUGCACAAGCAUGCUGAAAGAGCAAUGCUGGAGCAUCUGAAGAAGGGGGGUCUGUUGAGAGGCGAUGUGGAAGCAAUGAUGGGAGCUCGACUUGGAGCCAUUUUCAUGCCCCAUGGCUUGGGCCAUCUUAUGGGAUGUGAUGUCCAUGACGUUGGCGGCUACAAUCGUGGAGCCCCGAUUAGGUCUGACGAGCCGGGGCUGAAGAAUCUGCGGACUGCUCGUGUCGUGCAAGCGAAUAUGGUUCUGACCGUCGAACCGGGUUGCUAUUUCAUUAAGAGAUUGAUCGAUCACGCUAAAUCAGAUUCGAGACUUAACGGAUUCUUAGUAGUUGAGGCGAUUGACCGGUUCUCUGAUUUCGGAGGAGUAAGAAUUGAAGAAGACGUGGUGAUUACCGAGAGUGGUUGUGAGGUACUUUCAGAUGUGCCAAGAACAGUAGAAGAAAUUGAAGACUGGAUGUUACGUGAAAGUACUGAAUUUGAUAAUUUGGACUAA